AUGGUACAAACGCGCAGUCUUGCAGACGCUCACCUGCGGAAGCCGUCCUGCGGGGUCUUGCGAGCGGACGUCACGACGUCGCCGUCUUCCAUGUUCACCGAGAGCGAUGUCGACAGGGGACUUAAAACCAGAGACAACUUCCCGGAACACGGCAAACAAGAACGAUUUCGAGUAGAACGGAACGACGUUCACGUUACGAUUUCGCCUGAGCCAGUCGCCUACGGCAGGGCGCCCGACGAGCGACCUCUACCUCUGGCGGACAGUGUGAUCUCUGAAAUAAGAGAACUUAUAGAGGAUGAGUCGCACGUAGACUUGGUUAAGUUGGCAGAAAUCGCUCGCGGAGGCUUACCUGCCGCGCUUCGCGGCGAUGUCUGGCGUUACCUCCUCGGAGUCGCCAAGGCGGACAAGUCCGAGGAGCUCACCCACGAAAAGGAGCUCGCAGCAGCAUACCAGCGGUUACGGCGUUCGGCGCUCGCAGCGCUCGGGCAGAUCGGUCAAGGUUUGACGGAGACGUUGCACGGCGCUGAGGUCUCGGAAAGAGGCGGGUUCCUCUCGGCCGGUGGAGCUGCCGCCAGCGCACCGCUGCCGGCUCUGCCACGCUCCCAGACUGUAUCCGAGGAUACAGGUCGUGACUACCUGAGUGUUCAGGCUUCGUCCCCACGAGCGGGACGGGCGGUUGGUCACUCCGAUCUGGAGACUGAUUGCAAUGCAUUUGGAAGAGGCAGCCUCGAAUAUACGGGAAUGCAAGGACCGGAGCCCGCGCUCCUCAAUGACGCAGGCGAGAUGCAUGUUGCCCUGACACUGGAGCAGAGUACCAACUGGGACGGAAGCCUCGCCCGUCGAAUCCGAAACGACGCGAAACGACGUAUCGAACGAGAGCGCCUUCGAAUCGAACACAGUCGGUGGCGUCGAAGCCGGCUAACCAUGAGCUCCCAACACGGUCGCAUGUUUCCGAGUCAGAAACGAGCUCCAGAUGUGCAGGUUGUGGACAAGCCCAGAGAGCAACAAGAUCGCUCGUUGCGAAAUGUGGGUAGCGAGACCAACCUGGUGAAUCCGCGACUGGUGCGAGCGGCUGGGCCGUAUCACGGCCUAUCGGACGGUGACGAAUCAGUGAAAGCACCUUCGCGCCCGCCCUCCGCUCCGACGCAGAGUGGCGUUAUGGAGUACACGCUACCGCAACAGCUGGAUCAUGAUGAGGCGGUCCUAUGCUCCAGUCCAGAGUCGACCUCAUCUGCCACCAAUUCCAUGCGAUCUGCUGAAGCUGCAACACUCCAAACGAUCGGCGAGGGCAGUGUUCUGGAAGCGAGGGACGGAAUGGAGGUACCUGCUGGCACCGAGGUACUUGUUGAGAAUGAUGUAACUUGUUCGGGAAGUCGCUUGGAACGCGCCAGCGGUGAUAGCAUCACAACCGGAAUCAGCACGACUAGAGGGCUGGCGUCCGCCAUGCGCACACCGCAUGCUGCACUUGUUCGAUGUUACGUUAGCGUGCUCUGUACCUAUCUCUAUGUCGUGGAGCUCAGCGUGCGACAUAUGGUGGCCCUGCCGCUAAUCAUGCCGCUUGAUACGAAACACGGCUCAACUACGGAACUGGAAAAAGUGAAUGAUGUGCUGAUGAGCCUCGGCACGCCGGUGGAGUACGCACCCACCAUGGUAUCCCUGGUGCAUGUAUUCGUGCAGGUAUUCACAUCUGCUCGAGAAAUGGAUGUGUAUUAUGGGUUUUGCGCAUUGAUGCAUCGAUUCGGACAUGUGCUGCUGUUCACUACACAUGGUGAUGGUCUGACUCGAGCUACGGCGCAUUUCUUGAUGCUGUUUCGGACCUUGCUGCCGGACUUGGCGGACUUUUUUGAGUCUGAGGAGAUCGAGCACCAGCGAUGGCUACACGGCUGGCUGCAAGGUCUGUUUUCACGCGGGGAGAUGCCGGUAGAGAGUACGCUCCGCAUAUGGGAUUUCUAUUUAUCAUCGGGUCUUGAAAUGCAUCCAUAUGUCUGCCUGGCGGUACUCGACCUGCUGCAGGAAGAAAUAACGGAAUUGGACGGGCCCGAGGUCGUUACCUACCUCGGCAAGCUACCGGAUAAUUUGGACCCGGAGAAGCUCUUAACGCGAGCGGUGACGAUCAGAGAGACUGCCCUGGGCAGUGGUCUGGUACCGCCACGCUUGUCAGAAGAGCAACCUGAUGAUUCAAACCGCUCCUUCGGCAUCGCCUCGCUGCGGUACCGUGACGACUGA